ACGGUAGACUUGGGAGAGGGACUGACUUCUGGGGUUGGGCUCGCCCUAUCUCAUCGCUCUUCGGCUCCAACUUCGCUCAGUUCAGUUGGCGAACAGCCGCGGCAAAGUGAAGAUGUACACAGUCUCCCUCCUACUCGUGGGCGUUGCCCUGGUUACCGGACUCCCCCAAGAUGUUCAGCUAGUGAGGAGUGACAAUAGGCUCGGAAAAGAAUUCAUCUGCCCAGAAGAUUCAGGCGUGUACGAGGAUGAACUCCAGUGCGACAAGUACUGGGUCUGCGAAGCGGGCGUCGCUAAGGCCCAACUGUGCGACGACGGUCUGGUCUUCGACAUUUUCAAGGCAGAUGCUGGACACGUUGAUCCCUGCGAAUCUCCGUACGUCGUCGACUGCGGACUGAGGCUAGAACUCCAACCAGCGACCUUCACCAGCGAAUUUUGCCCACGCAAGAAUGGCAUUUUCGCCGACCCAGAUCCAUCAGUGUGCAGCAGGUUUUACACAUGUAUCAAAGGUCACGCAACAGCGACAGACUGCACAUCAGGUCUUCACUUCGACGAAUCAACUGGCAACUGCGCUUGGCCUGCAACAGCAAAUAGGGUCAACUGUAGCGAAACUGCCAGAGCCUGCGUUGGCGAUUUCUGCUGCACUGGCAGCCCAGUGGUGACAGCUGAUGGAGUGACCCUCCCUCACCCUACUUAUGCCAAUGUCGACGAUUGUCAGAAGUUCUGGGUCUGCCUCAAUGGCGCCACCCCUCAGGAGUCCUCCUGUGGUCUUGGACAAGUCUACAACGAAAGGACGAUGAUGUGCGAUUACCCCGAAUAUGUUGACGAGUGCACUGGUUGGUACAGAAACCACCCUCUCUUCGCUGACGACUACGAAUAUGAAGAUUCCCCUCCAGCCAAAGACACUGGAGCAAAGAAACCAGCUGCUUAAUCGUAUCAAUGAGCAAUACAUAUAUCUCUAGACUGCUCCGCUUUUUUUGUUUUGUUUAGCAAGAGCAUCGUGAAUCAUUUAUCUUGCAUUCUAAUUCUUCAUAAAAGGACCAUAACUGCCCGCGUUCAUCUAUACUAAUGUGCAUGUUGACAGCAUACGAGAAACAUUUCGGCAAUAACAACCGAAGUCUUACAGCAUGACUCUCAAGACAGGUUCAUUUCCGUUCCUUCGCAGCUCGUAUAAACUGGCCAAAAUCCCGACCGGUGUCUUCAGUAGCAACUUUUAUUAUUAGACUAACAAGAAUUACUUGACGAAAGGGAAUGAAACCAUAAGACCUUGCAGCCUUGCUGUUCUGACAGAAUUUACAAUCGCAGCCAUCUAAGACUUGUGCAGACUUUAAUAACUCAGACAAAUUCCAGACUUUAGUCUCAAACAUCAAGUUAUAUUUCAUCUCUUAGCACGGAUCAAUACUAAUAAUGCUAACUUGACAUAAAGGAACCUGUACCCGAUCGUUAACUUGGCGUUUUCUCUCUUGAAUGGAGCAUGCACAGCUACUGUUGCUACUUUCUCAUUCCCUCAACGUAUUUCGCCUUUAUUCUCCCUCGUUUUUAUCCACAGCAAGGACUGGUACGUUGGGAAUCCUCUCUUCGAUGCUGUGUACGAAGACACCAACAACGAUGGACGCGUUGAUUUCGGAAACAGAAGAGAUUUCUCGCAGACGUCCAUCAACUGAAGAGCUUCUCCUUUGAUUCCCCCGUUUUCUGUCUUCGUUUCUUGUUUUGCCUUUCCUUUCUCUCCUAAAUUUUUCUUCAGACUUUCUCAGAAAACCCACGUGCUUUGCAUGUCCAGUCGACUGCAUGAACAAUAAUAUACUGUCGGCUUGUGAGAUUUCUGAAAAAUCUUUUUUAAUAUUGUUAUUACUCAUUUCCUUAUUUUUUGUCAUUCUUCCAUACAGACCUAUUUAGCAUUUGCAUGGAUGCAUGCUCACUUACCUAAUACAUUCUGAAAUUGUUACUGUAGCAUACACAGAUUAUAUUAUAUAUAUAUAUAUAUAUAUAUAUAUAUAUAUAUAUAUAUAUAUAUAUAUAUAUAUAUAUAUUGUGUUUGCCAAGGCCAUUCAGCAUUCACUGAAACAGUACAGUGGCACUCUCAUUUUUUUAUGAAUAAUAGCAUAUCCAAUACAGCAUAUGCCUGAAUGUGCAAGUUCGGUGUAAGCGUACUUUGAUUGCUGAAAAGCUUGAAAUAUAUAAUAACGUUUAUGAUAAUACAAAGGAAUACUUCUUACUUGGAGCCAUUCUCCUGUGUGUGUGUUUUUUUUUUUGUUCGUCCAUGAAAUUAUGUUGACUAUUGAUACUGUAUGUACAAAUGAUAGGAGAUAUAAAUGCUUCUUUUCCUAAGCUUGUAUGUUACUUUUUUACUUCUAAAUAUUCUCUUAUACUUUGUUUUGGUUAUAGUGGAAAAACUGACAAAUUACCUUGAAAAUAUAAUUAUAAAUACUAUGUUGUCUCCAUCAGAUACAAACAUUCAGCAUUUAUUCUCCUACGUGUUCUGACUACAGUAGUCAGGGCAAUUAAAUUGGAAAGAAUCCUGUCAUUCUUAUUUUUUCAUUGUUUAGAAAUAAGCUUUUGUAAAUAAACCGAAAGUCAUA